GGCUCGCUCAGCCCCUACGUGCACUUCCUCGUUGUUGCUCCGUUGCUACAGCGACCGUCUGGCAGCGCUGUCAGCCGCUGGGUGGAGCGGCUGUGACGUCAGGGUGAUAAAGGGAGUUCCUCUCCUUGUGCCCGUAACAGGAGACCGGCGACACUGCCGGGAGGAAGGCGCACGUACGGUCCACAAGUGAGCCGUCAACUUCCCUGUGUUUUCAUCUGAGGCCCGGGACGCCGCCGGAGAAGAUGCGUCCGUCUGCGUUGCCGUGGAGAAGAAGUUAAAUGACAGAAGUUAGGAAAGGAGACAACAUGUUCAUCUGCACUUCCUGCUCAUAAACACAAGCUCUGAGAUCUGUGCUGCUGCUGAGGUGACCCGAGCCAGGCCGGCUGGAAUACGGUCUGCCAUGUUUUCUGAUGCCCUAGAAGCUGCCGGGCGGGUGGAGGGCCUGCCACUCUCCUCUCUGCCGCCGCUUCCAGAGCUCGAGGAAGAGGAGGCAGAGGCAGAGGCAGAGGCAUCGGCAUCAGCGGCGAAGGGGCCAAAGAGACGAGGCCGCUACCGGCAUAGCCUGCAGCUGUUGAAGCCCUUCAGGAUAACUCACAAGCACCAGCACCCAGUUGAUAAUGCUGGCCUCUUCUCCUUCAUGACUCUGCACUGGCUCUCCCCACUGGCACUGAAGGCCUACAAGGCGUCCAGCUUGUCUGUGGAUGAUGUGUGGGGACUGUCCUGCCAUGAGGCCUCUGAAAUCAACUGCCAAAGGCUCGAAUCUUUAUGGCACGAUGAGCUGAAAAAAUGUGGGCGAGAGGGGGCAUCCCUGACAAGAGUCUUCUUGAGGUUCUGCCAAACCCGUAUGCUGGUGGCCAUCUUUUCCCUCCUCCUCACAAUGGUGGCAGGCUUUGUUGGGCCCGCUCUCCUGAUUCGAGCCCUGCUGGAAUAUGCCCAGUCCUCUGGGACGUACAUGCUGUACGGCCUGUCCCUGGUAGCCGGGAUCUUCCUCAUGGAGCUGAUGCGCUCCUGGUCUCUGGCGCUCAUGUGGGCCGUCAACUACCGCACUGCAGCACGCCUCCGUGGGGCAGCUCUUACUUUCGCCUUCAACAAGAUCCUCCGUCUACGCAGCACUAAAGACAUCAGUCCAGGCGAGUUGAUCAACAUCUGCACCAAUGACGGCCAGCGGCUGAGUGAAGCGGUGUCAGUGGGCUGCCUGCUGGCUGGUGGGCCCCUUGUGGGAAUGCUGGGUCUUUCCUACACUGCAUACUUCCUUGGUCCCACAGCUCUGCUGGGGUCGGCUGUUUUCAUCCUCUUCUACCCUACCAUGAUGCUUGCAUCGAAACUGACGGCGUAUUUCCGCAAGAAGUGUGUGGUGGUGACUGACCGGCGCGUGAGGCUGAUGAACGAGAUCUUGGGCUGCAUAAAGUUCAUCAAGAUGUAUUGUUGGGAAGAUGCCUUCGCACAAAAUAUUCACAAGGUGCGAUCAGAAGAGAGGGGGAUACUGGAGAGAGCUGGGGUCGUCCAGAGCCUCACAGUUGGUGUGGCUCCUAUCGUCGUGGUGAUUGCAAGCGUAUGCACUUUCACCCUACAUAUGGCUUUGGGCUAUGACCUCACUGCAGCCGAGGCUUUCACCGUGGUCGCAGUUUUCAACUCCAUGACCUUUGCCCUCAAAGUCACACCACUGGCUGUGAGAUCACUGUCCGAGGGUGCUGUCGCAGUCAAAAGAUUUCAGAGGCUCUUCAUGAUGGACGACAGAGAGGUUGUUCUGGUCAAAACAGAGGAUCCCAGCAAUGCAGUUGAAUUUCAGGAUGCCACACUGGCUUGGGAAAAGGCGCGCUCUCCUGCUGCAAAAUCUAACCUGCCUCCCAAGAAGCGAGGAGGUAUGAAGCGCGUCCUGCGCAGGGAGAAGCUCAGCUUGUAUAUUUCCACUGAGGAUUGUAAAGGAAGCAAGGAAGCUCCCAACGCACAAAGUCUCCUCACAAACAUGGAACAGGAGAGUCCGCAAAGCACCAUCUCCUCCACGCAAAGCAUACGACCUCCGCUGCACAAGACCCUGCACCGCAUUGACCUCCGCAUUAAGAGGGGUUCACUGGUUGGAAUCUGUGGUGGUGUUGGCAGUGGAAAGAGUUCUCUUCUUUCUGCUCUGCUGGGACAGAUGACCCUGUUAGAAGGUAACGUAGCUGCCAGUGGUGGCUUCGCUUAUGUGUCACAACAAGCUUGGAUCCUCAAUGACUCACUGAAAGAGAACAUCCUGUUUGGAGCUGAGUAUGACCAAGACAAAUAUAAUUCUGUCCUGGAAGCCUGCUGUCUCCUCCCAGACCUUGCAGAGCUCCCAUAUGGAGACAUGACUGAGAUUGGAGAGAGAGGUGCCAACCUGAGUGGAGGGCAGCGCCAGAGAGUGAGCCUGGCACGUGCCCUCUACAGCGAACGACCCAUACUUCUCCUGGAUGACCCUCUUAGCGCUGUCGAUGCUUGUGUGGGUUCCCAUGUCUUCCAUAAAGCCAUCAGGGGUGUUGCCAAAGGCAAGACGGUGCUCUUUGUAACCCACCAGCUGCAGUACCUGUCCGAGUGUGACCAUGUCAUUCUGAUGAAGGAUGGGCAGAUUGCAGAGUCUGGCACCCAUGCCCAGUUAAUGGGUAAAGAACGUGACUAUGCCACCCUAUUCAACAGUAUGCAACAGGAGGAUCUGGUCAAAGAGAAUUUAAGAAACAAACAGCGGAGGGCAGGUGGUGCACAAAAGGCUGACAGUGCUGUUGAUGUUGCCAAGGUCAGACCAAAGAUGGAAAGCAAGAAAGGAGAGCAACUGAUGAAAGCUGAAGAGAAGGGGUCUGGUGCAGUCCAGUGGUCUGUUUAUGGUGCCUACAUCAAAGCAGCAGGGGGUCCAGUAGUCUUCAUCUUCAACAUCAUCCUCUUCCUCUCCACCACAGGCAGCAUUGCCUUCAGCAACUGGUGGCUUAGCCACUGGAUCAGGCAGGGCAGUGGGAACACAUCAUUAAUCUUGAAUGAAACAAUGGCGAGCAACAGCAUGAGACUCAACCCUCACAUUCGGUAUUAUUCAACUGUUUACGUCAUAUCAAUGGGAGCUGCUUUGUUGCUGAAGACCACAAGAGGGCUGAUGUUUGUGAAGUGCACAGUGAAGGCUGCCUCCACGCUCCACGACAAGCUGUUUCGCCGGCUCCUCCUCAGCCCCAUGCGCUUUUUUGAUACAACACCUCUGGGUCGCAUCCUGACCCGCUUCUCCAGAGACAUGGAUGAGGUUGAUGUGCGUCUCACCAUGCAAGCUGAAAUGCUGCUGCAGAACCUGACCCUGGUGCUGUUUUGCUUGGGUAUGGUCAGCAUUGUCUUCCCCUGGUUCCUGAUCUCCAUCCUGCCGCUGGGAGCCUUCCUCUGGAUCAUCAACCGUAUCUCCAGGGUUCUGAUUCGUGAACUGAAGCGCCUGGAGAACAUCAGCCAAUCACCAUUCACCUCUCACAUCACCAGCAGUCUUCAGGGACUCUCCACAAUCCACGCCUAUGGAAGAGGGCAAGAUUUCCUCCAAAGAUAUCAGGAGUUACUGGACACCAACCAGGCCUCCAACUACCUCUUCAGUUGUGCUGUGCGUUGGCUGGCUGUCCGCCUGGACCUCAUCAGCAUCUCUCUUAUCACUGCUGCAGCACUUCUUAUUGUCUUCAUGCACAAUCAGAUACCUCCAGCCUAUGCAGGGCUGGCAAUAUCAUAUGCAGUGCAGCUGACCGGCUUGUUUCAGUUUACAGUGCGGCUGCUCACAGAGACUGAAGCUCGGUUUACGUCAGUAGAGAGGAUCAAUCAUUAUAUAAAGUGUCUGGAGAGUGAAGCACCCCGACAGAGUCCUGAGGCAGCCGCUCCUGACCCCUGCUGGCCUCAGCACGGAAAGAUCACCUUCAAGGAUGUGGAAAUGCGCUAUCGCGAUCAUCUGCCGCUUGUGCUUAAGGAUCUGUCCUUCACCAUCCUGCCUGAAGAGACCAUCGGCAUUGUGGGCCGCACAGGAUCAGGAAAGUCCUCUCUGGGUGUAGCUCUGUUCAGACUUGUGGAGCUGUCUAGAGGCUCCAUUAUCAUCGACGGAAUCAAUAUUGCACAGAUUGGUUUGCACGACCUACGAAGCAAGUUAGCCAUCAUUCCUCAAGAGCCAGUGCUCUUCAUUGGGACAGUCAGGACCAAUUUAGACCCGUGGGAUCAAUUCUCUGAUUCCCAGAUAUGGGAAGCUCUCGAGAAGACACAUAUUAAAGAGAUGGUCAGCCAGCUGCCUCAUUCGAUCCACUCAGAGGUGACGGAGAACGGAGAGAACUUCUCAGUGGGAGAACGACAGCUACUCUGUGUUGCCAGGGCUCUGCUCCGCAACAGCAAGAUUCUUAUUUUGGACGAGGCAACAGCAGCCAUCGACACUGAGACAGAUCGUCUCAUCCAGGAGACCAUUCGCUGUGCAUUUGGCAGCUGCACCACCCUCAUCAUCGCCCAUCGUCUCAACACAGUGAUGAGCUGCAGCAGGGUCAUGGUCCUGGACAACGGCCAGAUUUUGGAGUUUGACAGUCCUGCUGCCUUGCUGGCAGAUGAAAACUCAAGAUUCAGAGCCAUGAUAGAAGCAUCAGAAAACCAAAGCACAUAAAAGACUCUGGAGCUGAGCUUUGGAUACCCAGGGACCAUAUAUCUGAAAGACACAUCAUCACGUAAAGAAAGGCAUCCCUGCUUUUUGCCGCCGUGUCACCAGAUUUAUUUCCUAUAGGUUAAGUUAUUGAUUACAAGAGAAACAGAGCAAUGACUCUGACAAUAGCACUUUAUAUUACACGUGGACACACAGAAAGACGUGCAAUUUCCUUUUCUUCUAGAGGCCAGCUAAUCAGUGAGACACUGAAUUAGUUUCUGUCAUUUUAUGUACAUAACUGUGACCUCAUGAUGCUGGAAUUUACUUUUAAGAAUUCACUUGUUAAUUAUUCAGUACAGUAUAUCAAAACGCAUCACAUAUUAAUCAUUUGUAAUAGAUGGUUUCUAAAACAUGAUAACAUUUUUUUUUAAUGUGUCAUGCCUUUAGUUCUAUGUUACAAUGCAGUAAAUUAUUCCCGAUGCAAUAUGUGCCUAGAGCUGUAAACGUUUUCAGGUCAUACAACGGAGUUAGACAUGUAAGCAUGCUUUUUCACAAGUACUGUGUUUUGGAAUGAGCUAAUCUUUUAUGUAAAUCCAAAUGCUGGAAUUUAAAAUACGCACUUUUAGACUGGUGGUGAUGUUUUAUUAGUAAGGUAAUUCUGGUCAUUCAUAAAUUUUAAUAUUAUGAACCUUGGGACAUAUGUAAUGUGGAGCAAAGCUAAAAUUGAUCAACAGCAUGAUUGUCUUCUAAUGCUUUCUUUUCAUAAAGCUGGGGAUUGUGAACUUUUGCCUUAAAAUCAAGUGUGUUCUGAACAAUCAUGAAGAGUGCAAUAUCUCUCUAUUGCAUUAGUACAUUUUCAAAAUUGCCUUUGUACAAUCGAGAUCACGAUUUUGCAAUAUAUUUUGUGAAUGUAUUUUGUCAUUAAGGGUUGUUUUUCAAUAAAAAUAUUUUUGUAUAUGCUGAUG